CGAGAGCUCUCUCUCUCUCUCUCUCGUACCCUAAAAGAAAAAGGGUCUUUGACUGUUUGUACACAAAGCACUUGCGAAGACCGGUACAGUCAGUUUCUCAAAGACAUCGGAGAAAGAAUCCCGAGUGCAAAGGACAAAUUGAGCUUCUGGUAAUGGCCGAUAAUGGUGCCCAGGAAGCGGCAGUGGACAUAUCCGUAUCCGCACGCGCCUCCAUUCCUUUUGGAGAUAACUCGCUCUGGGCUGACGUCUCACCCCUUCUCGAAGCCGCAUGUAAAGAUCUUCGAGAUGGUGACCUUAUUCACGGAGAUAAUUUUAAUCUUUUUGCUGCCAUGUCUGCAUUGGAGAUAAUGGAUCCAAAGAUGGAUUCUGGUAUUGUUUGUAAAUACUACUCUGUUGAUGAAGCCAUUGAGAAUGGCGCUGCUCCAGUUCCUAUUAGCUUUGACAAAACUGUUGACGUUCAACGCGCCAUCGAUAUAAUGGACCAUCUUCUAGCGUGUGAGGCAACAUGGCACAAGGGUCAUUCAUUGGCACAAACUGUCUUCUCUUGUAUCUAUCUUUUGAGGCCUGAUAGGACAUCUUCACACGCCUUGCUCCAUUCUUAUUGCAGAGUCAUACGUGCAACCUGCAAGGCAGUUAUUUCAGUUGUCUCAGAUGCACGUACACAUGAAGAAGAGGAUCUGUUUACAAUGGCAUACGGCCUUCCCUUGGAUGGGGAUGGAGAUGAAAAGUGCUUAUCCUUGCUAAAUGCUGUUGAAGAAACAACUUCUCGCCAAUUGCGUGCUUGCAAAGCCCAAUACUCAAGAAGAAGAGUGUUAGAAGAUAUAGAGCCAUUACAAACAAAUCUUGAUCUGGAAGAGGGCUACUGCAAAGCAUUGUUGUGCCGCUUACGCUUUCGUAAGCAUUUUUACCAUGUUCUUACGUCUAUGAGGCGGCCUCAAGGGAGAGGUUUGGAGUUGGCAAGGAAACAUAUAUCAUCGUGCAUAUUGGAGCUAGAAUGCAUUCUCAAAUCAUCAGAAUUUCUUAGAUCUAGUGCCUGUGGAAGUUGUGAGGAUGUCUUAGACGAUAGUACAACUGGUUCUGGCUGUCAACCAGUUGGGUUUGAUGCCAGCUUAAAUUCUAGAUUAUCUGCUCCUACUCCACCUCGUGCAAUUAAAAUUCUUAGUUGGAAAAAGGCCAUUGAAUAUUUUGUGAAACUUCUUCAUGAUCUAGACAUUCUAUGUUCCUACUCCUUGGACCCAUUGCUAGAAGGGGUUUUGCAGUUCGUGGUUCAGUUCCAAAAAUCUCAACCUGAUUUGGUUGCGAGAUCUCAUCUUCAGCUUCUGCUACUUCAAGAUGGGAAACUUUAUGGGCGGGAUUCUAUAUUUGCUGUGAUCACCAGAGCUGCAGCAUUGCCCGAGGUUACAAAGAACCAUAACAUUCAGAAGAAUGAAUAUAUUGUGCAACUAGGACAGUUAGUGAUCAAUAUGCUCAAAAUUCUAUGUACAAAUGCUGCGUGGCAAAGGCGUAAGCUGGGGAAAAUGCUUCAAGAUUGGCGUGUUAUCUAUGUACAGCUAGAGCUGGUGUUUCGAAAAGAUUUUGGGGAGGUCUCGAGCAUUCCAGAUGACGAGAAUAUAUGUGUGAAAAUAUUCCAGCAUAUCCUCCUUUGGGUAGAGGAGCAAACAUACUGGAUGGCUUCCCGUUUUCUUAUUUUGGGUUUUGAGUUGGAGCUCUAUUCCCCAAGUGAAUAUUGCAUGGUAUAUUGGUAUAUUUAUGUUGUCUUGAUCAAGCUUGCAGAGAAAACACAUCUUAAGAUGGCAACGAGGAAUGACACUAGUAAACGAAAGGCAAAGAAAAAAAGAGAUUCCCUGAAGGAUAUGGGCAGGGAAUACCGAAUUCCACCUGCAGUCUUGUUUGUUCAAUGCCAAAUGUUUCUUGUUGAAGGGCUCACAAUGCUGCUUGCUGCUUUGGCAAAUGAACACAUGAUCGUACAGAGUCCAAGUCCUUUUAAUACAGAACAAGAGAGAUUUAUUCAGCACUUUGAACUGUUACAAAAAGCUUGCGUUCCUGAUCACAUCUCAUACCCCUCAUUCAAGGAAUCGACAGCAUAUGCUCGCUUCUCUACCCUGGUCAUGUAUAAUUACUUUAAAGAUGCCCAGAGGAUUGCAAAGGAGGUCAAGAGUAGUUUUGCCAAUGACCCUGAAAAAUUGGCUGAACUCAGAAAGAUAGAGCAAGUCGCAGAGCACAAUAGCAUUGCCUUGAAUGUCAUUUGCCGGGUAGGAGCCCUCGACCGUACACUAAAGGUUUCUUUUGAGUUUGGCCACCAUCCUUACUUUGCUACCGCCGUCGUCAAGAGAUCUUGAAGCUGUCCAUUGAUAUCCCCCAAUUUUGAAACGCUUUACAGGAUUCAGUGGCAAGUGGUCAUGCGGUAUAGUAGUUGUAACAUUACUUAUUUGUUCAAUCAAUUUUCUCAAUCAUUUAUUACUUAUUGUUUUGUAAUUUUCAAUGGGAAAACAAAUAAAGAACAUAUUGUUUAUGUA